AUGUCAGAGAAACAGAACACUAUCAAGAAAGUCGCCGUGUUGGACGACUACGCCGGCAUAGCUCGCAAGCACUUCGACAACAUCCCAAACAUACAAGUCUCCUACUACGACAAAACCCUCAACGCCGCCAAAGAAGAUGAUCUCCGAGCUCUCAUUCAACGUCUUCAGCCCUAUGAAAUCAUCUCCUCCAUGCGCGAACGCACAGCUUUUCCCCCGGAACUUCUCUCCUCCCUCCCAAACCUCAAACUCCUCCUCACAACCGGCAUGCGCAACAACAGUAUUUCUCUCCCUUCUGCCACAGACCACAAAAUCAUCGUAACUGGAACCAAAGGCGACAGAUUACCGGACUCGCACUACGAGGAUAAGAAUUAUGAACCUCCGCCUCCAGCCGAAGGACCGAGUAGUGUAAUUCAGCAUUCUUGGGCAUUACUUUUAUCUCUCUGCUCGAAAAUCACUGAACAUCAUAAUUUGCUUCAGAAAGAGGGAGGAGAAGAGUGGCAAUCUGGAACGAUUAUUUCCUUAGCUGGAAAAACGCUGGGUUUGAUCGGGCUGGGGAAGUUGGGGACACAGUUUGGGAAAAUUGCUGUGCAGAGUUUUGGGAUGAAAGUGAUUGCUUGGAGUCAGAAUUUGACAGAGGAGAAGGCUGAUGAGGCUGCCCAAAGCGUUGGGCUUCCCAAAGGGACGUUUGAGGUUGUGGGGAGUAAGAAGAUUCUUUGUAAGAGGGCGGAUGUUGUGAGUUUGCAUAUGGUUCUUUCGGAGAGGAGUCGGGGGAUUGUUGGAAAAGAGGAAUUGGAGUGGAUGAAGAAGAGUGCGGUGUUGUUGAAUACGAGUCGUGGAGGGUUGGUUGAUGAGGAUGCGUUGAUUGAGUGUUUGAAAAAAGGUGGAAUUGCGGGUUUUGCGAGUGAUGUAUUUUGGGAGGAGCCGUUAAGGAAAGAGAGUGUUUGGAGGAGAGUGGGGGAGUGGAGUCAGAGUCAGGUUUUGCUGAGCCCGCAUAUGGCGUAUGUGAAUGAGGGGACGAUGAAUAGGUGGUAUGAGGAGCAGGUGGAGAAUUUGGGGUUGUGGUUAAAUGGGGAGGACGUGAGGAAUCGGCUGAAUUAG